GUCGUAAAACCUUUAUUUUAGGAACGUUUUUGCAGAAAAUAAUCGGAUGACAAUGAUAGGAAUAAUGAUAGGUUACUAAAUAAAUAUCUUGUUGUAUUAUUGAAUGGGAUUACUUGACAAUGUUCUGUGAAAUAAUCACGAAAAGAUGCGGAACGGCAUUUGUCAUGGGACUUGAUCAUCCGUAAACCCAAUGACCAGACGGAGGACGGAUGAGAUGGCAGAAGCGAGCCAGUCAGAAGAAUGGAUCGGUUGACCACCUAUAACAGGCAACAUUUGGGAGGCUUGAUCAGCACCGCUCCAGGCUGAGUGGAGUCUAUACGACCCGUGGAAUUUGACCCAUGAAGAGCAGGACCACAAGAGGACCAGGACCAGUCAGUGGAGGCCACACCCCCAGAUGGACUGAAAGCAUAUCAAAAGAGUCAGGCCCAGAUAGUUUCUGUCACACUAUUCCACCUGAGCUCAGGCUACGGCAGAGAUCGGUCAUGACCCAGGGCCCCGUGAAGGUGACUGGACUCCUCUGUCAGGGAAGACCUUCUUUUGGAUUUCAGCUGGUGGGUUUUUGGUCGUCACUCUCACCAGUCGACCAACACGCCGAAGAUACAUUCAAGGUGUAUUUCCUUACACAAGCUUGUGCUCUCAACAUCAGGGUGGAGGGGCUCCCCAGGACCACGGUGAUCCACACGGGCCAGCACAUCCUCAUCGAGGGCGAGAGCGAGGACGAGCCCUACGUGGCCAAAGUUCUCCGCAUGUUCGGAGAUGAGAAUGGCGAACAGAAGAAGGCCGUGGUCCAGUGGUUUGCCAGACUUUCCGAAGUGGCCCCGAACAAGCGGGGCCUGCUGGGCCGGACCCCCCACCCUCAGGAGGUCUUCUUCUACCAGGGAGGCAGCUGCGACGACGAGGUGGACGUGGAGUCCAUCCUCAGGCCAGUCCAGGUGCAGCAUGUGGACGCAGCCGCUCCGUUCCCCGACUCGGGCGACGCCGACACCCUCUUUGUCAAGUUGUCCUGGGAUGGGAAGAUCUUCAGGGUGGUGGACCCCUCUGUGAUGGGGCUGGCCCCCCGCACUCCGCCUCCCUGCCUCCCGCCGUCACCCCCCAGGUCCCCGCCGGUGGUCACCCCCGCCUCCCGCGGCCCCUCCCGCCGCGCCCUGCCGACCCCUGACCCUGGCGUCAUGCGCCUAGCCGCCUCGGCUCAGACCAAGUGCAGCAGGGCCACGAUGAGCGCCGGGAAGGUCCCUGCCCGCGAAGCGGAGUCACUGCACUCGGCCACCAAAACCUCGGCGUCCAAAACCCUCAGCGCCAAGAGGAGGGGCACGCUCGCCCGGACGCCGGGUGUGCGCAAGAGGCUGGCGCUCUGCAGUCCGGAGGACUCGCCCCCAGAACACGUCCUCAACGGGCUGCUGGAGCAGGAGCUGGCAACGGAGCUGGUGCUGUCACAGAGACUGACGCCGCACAGGAAGACUCGUCGGGAGCCGGAGACCAAAGAGGGCGUCUCCCUGAAGCGGCCGCUGCUGCUGCUGCUGAGCAAGGUGUCGGUGGAUGAAGGGCUGUCGGCGCGGCCGGCAGCGGCGGAGGACUCGCUGAGCCCUCAGGAGGCCGGCGGGACCGAAGCGGAGUUGCCGGUCAGCUCCGUCACCACCCCCCGCAGAAGGAGCACCACGCCGUGGAAGGGCGCCGCCACCAGGGCCCAGAAAGCGAGCACGCCGUCCAGGACCAAGCAGGCCACGGCGCUGAGGGAGCCUGCUCUCGGGGUCCUGGCAGAAGUGGACAACGAGAACUCGCCGGCCACGCCCCGCAGCUCCAGGAGGAAGUCUGCCCGCAUGGUGUCCUCGCUGAUCAGGAAGCAGCUGAACCUCCUGGAGAACAAGCUGGAGCUGAGCUCAGACGAGGAGGAGGACGACUUUGUCCCGUCCAAGGUGGAGCUGCAGAGCAGCAGUGAGGAGGAGGACGAGGAGGAGGAGGAGGACGUCGACAUGGAGGUGGUGGUGAAGCCAAGGUGCCCAUCCGGAUCCAGAGCCCCUCGCUCUGCGGCCCGGACCCCCAGGAAAACCCCCAUGAAGAAGGCCCCCGCCACGCCCCGCACCCCUCGCCGUGCCACGCCCAGCAUCCCCAGCAGGUCUCAGCCGGCUCGGCAGCCUGCCAACCUCCUGGAGGAGGCUCGCACCAGACUGCACGUGUCGUCGGUGCCCGAGUCGCUGCCCUGCAGAGAGCAGGAGUUUGAGGACAUCUACAGCUUCGUGGAGAGCAAGAUCCUGGACGGGACCGGAGGGUGCAUGUACAUCUCGGGGGUCCCGGGCACAGGGAAGACGGCCACGGUCCAUGAGGUGAUGCGGUGCCUUCAGCAGGCCUCGGACCUGGACCAGAUCCCCUCCUUCCUCUUCAUCGAGAUCAACGGCAUGAAGAUGACCGACCCUCACCAGGCCUAUGUCCAGGUCCUGCAGAAGCUGACGGGUCAGAAGGCCACGGCCGACCACGCCGCCGCGCUGCUGGAGAAGAGGUUCAGCAACCCGGCGCCCAGGAAGGAGACCACAGUCUUGCUGGUGGACGAGCUGGACCUGCUGUGGACCCGGAAGCAGAACGUGAUGUACAACCUGUUCGACUGGCCCAGCAGGCGCCAGGCCCGGCUGGUGGUGCUGACCAUCGCCAACACCAUGGACCUGCCCGAACGCAUCAUGAUCAACCGGGUGGCCAGCCGGCUGGGCCUGACCCGGAUGUCCUUCCAGCCAUACAGCUUCAAGCAGCUGCAGCAGAUCAUUACGUCCAGGCUGAACAAGAUCAAGGCCUUCGAGGAGGACGCCCUGCAACUGGUGUCCCGGAAGGUCGCCGCUCUCUCCGGCGACGCUCGCCGCUGUCUGGACAUCUGCCGCCGCGCCACGGAGAUCUGCGAGCACUCGGCCACCGACUCGUCCGCCCCGCGACUCGUGUCCGUGAGUCACGUCAUGGAGGCGCUCAACGAGAUGUUCUCCUCCCCCUACGUCACCGCCAUCAAAGCGGCGUCUCUGCAGGAGCAGCUCUUCCUCAAAGCCGUCAUCGCAGAGUUCCGGAGGCUGGGCUUGGAGGAGGCCACGUUCCAGCAGGUCUUGGUGCAGCACCAGGCUCUGUGCCGCGUGGAGGGUCUGCAGCCGGUCCACGCCUCGGAGGCUCUUGCGGCGUGUCGGCGCCUGGGCGCCUGCCGGCUGCUGCUGCUGGAGUCCAGCCGCCUGGACGUGCUGCAGCGCGUGCGGCUCAACGUCAGCCAGGACGACGUGCUCUUCGCCCUGAAAGCCGACUGACUCCAGAACCUCGUGAGCCCACUUCCCUUCCUCUGCCUCUUAGAACCGCAUCAGCCACCGUGGGAGCCGGGCCGGGCCGGUCCAGCCGCCGUCGACCUCGGUCAGGGACGCGACGACACGUGGUACCUCACACAGUCGCAGCUUUAAUUUAGUGUUUCUGCCUCUCGUCGCCUCCCGGAUACAAAAAUAGAUUUGGCAGAGCAGAUAAAUAUCUCGCAUAGAAACAGCCGGGCGCUCCGCGUCAUGUGACCGGCUCACGUCAGUGGGACUCGUAGCCCGGACCACACUGAACCGCUCCGUCCGUGGCGACGCCUGCUCACGCUCCAAGCCUCUUGCGAUGCGCUCCGACUCUGAUGGGACUUGGUCCACUUCUCCACCAAGUCAGUGAAUCCAACAGGCUGAGGAAUGUCUGUGGCGCAAGUGGAACGGAGCCAAAUCCAGAAGCAGGAAGUGAGGGGGAGAGUCAGGCGCUCCACCCAGAGGCGGCGGUUCCGCCCCGCAGGGUCACUUCUUGUGUGACCCGAUCAUGACCUUGGACACGAAGUUGACGAUGGCGCUGGCCGGCUGCUCCGGGUCGUGCUCGGCGAACAGGUGGCACACGUUCUCCGUCUCGCUCUGAGACUUGCGGGCCACGAAGCCGAAGAUCCUGGUGGUGAGAGAGGGAACUGCCGUGAGGUGUUUUAAGGUUUAUAUUGGUGUUUGUUCCUGUAAAUGUUGACCACAACUUGAAAUAAAACGUAAAACCAGCUUCCGUUCUGUCUGGGGAAAGUGACUGCGGGAGGAAACCGGAGUUCUAAAGACGUGGACAGCCAAUCGGAGCCAGUCUGGAACACAAGUGAACUCACUUUGCUGUGGCGCUGCCUCCUCUGCGCCACCUGCAGGUCACAAACAUGCGGUCAGCUGAGGACUCGGACGGGCCGACCCGACCCGACCCGACGCGAGCGAGCGAGCGAGGCGGGACUCACUUGCGGCCCUGCGGGUCCAGAGAGCAGAAGAUGACCGUGUUGACCGCGUAGUGUCUCCUGAAGAACAGCCUGCCGAGACCAA